AUGAUGAAAAUAACUCUUAUUAUUCUUGCUGCAUUAGUGAGCAAAGCUUCAACGCAGUGGGGAUGGGGUACGGGUGGCGGAUUUGGAGAUCCAUUUUUUGGUGGUGGAUGGGGUGACCCAUUCUUCGGUGGUGGAAUUGGUAUCGGAUUUGGUGGAGGAUUCGGUGACCCAUUCUUUGGUGGAGGAUUCGGUGAUCCGUUCUUUGGUGGAGGAUUCGGUGAUCCGUUCUUCGGAGGGGGAUUUGGUGACCCAUUCGGCGGAUUUGGCUUUGGAUGGUGA